CCGAUCAAACAUUAUCUCAAAUUAUCUACGGCGAUCAAAUCCUACGAGAGUCAACCGCGUUGACGAGUUCUCUGGCUAGAUUUGACGAUGCUGGCGUGUUCUUCGCUCUUCUCUACUCUGUUCUCAUCCCAACAUCAGCUGCGGCAAACGUCGCCGUAUCAGCAACAUGCGUCUUCUAGUAUCGGUUUUCAGUCACCGUUCAACACGGUGCAGCAGCAAACGCCCUUCCAGAAUACGCAAUUGACUACUCAGAUGGCUCUUGUUGCUCCAAUUCAUUUCCUCUCGCUGAUCGCAAUCACUGAAGUGUAUAAAGAGGAUCCGAGUAACCCUGAGUAUGCAUUUAAGCAUCUUUUGUUUAGUGUGACUGGACAACAGUAUCGUGUAAAGCCUGCAAGUGUAUCAGAUAUAAUGUGGGCAGAGGCCAUUAGUAAACUUGAAGGCAUGAAUUCUUCAGAAAGAGAGCAUAUGUGGCAUCAGCUUGUGCAAGGUUUUAAAGAUCUUUCUCAGCGUCUCAAGCUACAAGAUGAAGUUCUCGCAUCAGAUAGGGAAAGAAGAAAAACUACUUAAAGCAACGUUAAAAUGGUGACUCAGAAAUAUUGAAAUGCAUGGGAGCCCAUUUCUCGCCAUGUGGGAUAUAUUAGCAGCCUGUGUUAUUCCUCGUGCUGAGACAACUCCUAGAUUCUAAACUCUGGUCCAACAAGAUUCAGGGCUUGCAACUUCCCCUACUCGACAUCCUGUCCUGUCACCGCACAUCAAGUCAUGUAGAAAGGAA